AACAAUCUUGUUGUAUGAAAAUGGCGGUUAAAUAAUGAAAACAUUAGGCAAUUAUAUUAUAUUUAGAGAGAUUUUAUUGAUUUGCAAUAUUUUAACUUGAAAUAUAAAAGUAAAUUUUUGGCCAUAAAAAAAUUAAAUUAUGAAAAAUUCAAACCCUUUGUACCAUUUUUAGUUAAUUAAUUGACGAACUUAUUUAAUUUAAUUUUAAACGAAUUUUAGUUAAAACAUUUUUAAGUUGUAUUUUGUAUGUUCAUAUAUUGCAAUACAAGACAUUAUUAUUAUUAAUCAACAUGAGUAUAAAAACAUUUAAAACGAUCAAGUCACAAUUACCAGAUUGCAAUAAAUUACCUGAAUUAUCAAGAAAAAUUUUAGAAACCGUGAAUGAUUCGUUAAAUGAUUUAAAUGAAGAUGAAAUAAAAGAAUUGUGGACUUUAUUAAAUAAUUUCCUUCAAGAAACAUCAGCAUCAAAUGAUAAAGAUCUAUUGAAUUCUUACCAACUUAUUCUAAACAUAGCUAAACAUGCUAUAGAUAUUGCAGAAGACAUCGAUAGUAUUUACAAAAAUAAGGACUUUUUAAAAACAAUACUUAUUUUUCAAAGUUUUUACUCUAAAAAUUAUAAGCAAAAGUUCAAAAUAGAAAUAGUGAAAAUGUGUUUAAAUUUUUGGAAGUUAUCAACUUCAUAUAUGCAAAAUGGCACUGAAAUACCAAGUUGUGAUUCUUUGGAUUUUGAAAAUGUAAUGACAAAAUAUUUUGUAUUAACUUUUAAAUAUUUAUUUGAUGCUAUCAUGGCAACAAAUACAAAAACUGAUAUGAAAUCAUUGUCAUCUUUGCUAUGGGAGUUUUGUAAAGUUGUGUCUUCUUUAUCCACUAACAAUCAAAUUUUAUAUAUUAUUGUAAUUAACUUGGAAAAUAUGAUGAGGAAUACAUUAUUACUGGAAACCGAAACUGGUAGAUUAAUAUUUGCUGAUAUAUUUACAAUUAAUGUUCAGUUAUUUCAGAGAUAUCAUCAAUCAAUUAAACAAAAUUUACCUCUAGCAAAAAAAUUGGAAGCAGAAGCUUAUGGAGAAAUAUAUUUUAUGGCUUGGAUAAAUUCAAAUCCUUCAAUGAAAGAAAUUAUUGAACAACAAGGAAUGUUUGAUUUAAUAUCUAAUACACUUACUUUAAAACGUGUUGGUAAAACAUUCCGGACUUAUCGUAAUGCUUUAUUAUUUCUAAAAAGUAUGCAAAGUCAUAGAAAACAUUUAUUAUUUAGUAAAGUUAUUACUAAACUGUACGCUCCUAUACUUUGGCGACAACUAAAGAGUGAAUUUAAUGUAGUGAAAUGCAAUGCUACUGAAGUAUUAGCUAUAGCUUAUCCUUUGGAAAAAAGAGGCGAAGGUCGAGAAAAUUCAUCAAGAUUUUUAAUAAAACAACAAAAUGCAUUUUUAGAGUUAUUAGAAGAUAAUUGUCCUCAAGUUCGAAUUGCAGCUAUCAAGGGAGUAUGUAGCUGUUUACGAUAUUUUUGGAAUACAUUUGAAAAUGAUUGUUUAAAUAAAAUAUUUAGUCUUUUUGCUCGUUUAAUAGAAGAAAGUGUAUUUGAAGUACGAAAAGUAAUGUUUUAUGGAUUUUGUCAACUAUUAGAUGAAAAUAAAUCUUACAAUUAUUUUAAAACGCCAGCUUUUAUAGUUAAAUUAAAAAAAACACUUUAUGAUGAAAAUGAAAAAGUUCGUCGAGCAUUUAUAUAUUUUUUACUAAAAAUAAAAAAAGUUGAUUCCAUUCCAGAAAACACGAAUAAAAUUAAUUUUGCUCAGAUUGUAAAUUUAAAUGAUAUUGCCAGUGCACUUGCUAAUGAAAGUAAACAGAAUGGAACAUUGUUAGUAGAUUUAAUAUUUGAUAACUUUUUUGGUGAAAAAGUGCCCGAUCGUAAUGCAACACUUACCAGACUUAACAUGUUUUACAAAAUAAAUCCAAGUGCAUGUCGAAAACUUCUGAUAUAUUCUAAAAGAAAAUUAGAUUUUGAUAGUGCUUGUAAACUUAUUUUAUCAUUAUUAAAAACAAUUUAUGUUGCAUUAAAAAAAAAAGAAGAAUUGAAAAAAAAAAAUGAUAAAGAAAAUAACAUUCCUGCUAAAAAACAAAGAGUCAAUCAUGAAUCAGAUGACGAUUUAAAUGAUUCUUUAUCUUCAUGUAAUUCUUCAACAAAUACUACCUCUGAUAUUGAUCAUGUUGAACAAAUUAAAGUUUGCUGUAUAUUAGAUUCUGUAAGUUCAUUAAUGUUAGUUCAUCGGAAUACGUUUAUUGAAGAAAAAAAUCAUAAACAAAUGAUUGAAAUUCAAGAUUCGUGUACAUCUUGUCUUAUAAAAGUUCUGAAAAUAUUUAAGGAUGGUGAUGCUUACUUUAGUGCAAUGCAUUUAUCAAGUUUAAUACCAGUUUCUAAAUUGACUGCUCAUGUUUCUGCACCAAGUGCUGCAUUAUCUACAUUAAAACAAUUACCACAUGAUAUGAAACACAGUGAAGAAGAGAUUGAUAUGCGAAAAGUUAAUUGUUUAGUAUAUACUUUGUGUAUGUGGAAAAGAGGUUAUGAAAUAUUACAAUUUGUGAAUAUCUGGUUUGAUGAAGCAUUUAAGACUAUGGACCUCAAUGAAACGCAGUACCCAGAAUCAAUGUCUAAAGAAAGAAGGAGAGUAAGAUUUAAAACUGAUGUUAAAGAAUGUAAACCUAUGACUGGUAUACUUCUGAUAAACUCUAUGCUCAAUAAUAUGCAAACUCAAAAUACUCUUGUGAGCUCAGAUGUUAAUAAAAAGAAUAUUAAUGAUCUUUUUAUAUAUUUACAGCGAUCAAAGCUUGCUAUUGAAAAAAGAAUUCUGUUAAAUAAAGUACUUGAUAAUCAUCUGCUUACUGAUGAAGUGUUAAUAGAAUUAUUUCAAUUACAUUUAAGAUUACAUAUAGUUUUUGAAAGUCAUGAAAAAAAUACAGAGAAUAUUCAUAAAUAUUUAUCAUCAAUAUUUGAUUGGAUUAAAGACAUUUUACUUAAUGAUAAUCUAUACAACAAAAAUGAUGAAACCUUGUCAUUUGUUGCUACUAUUGUUGAUGGCUUACAUUUUUCUGUAUUGAAUAUAUGUUUAAUGGCUCUUAUAAAUAAUGACUUUUUGGAUAACUAUUUUUUGUUCUGUGCUACUAUUUUAAAUAGUUUCUUAGCUCCUCGGAUUUUGAUAUCAAAUAUUGGGACAUUAGCAAUCAUUUCUAAAUAUUACAACUAUAUUAAAUCUUUAGAUAAUGUCCAUGUUUUUGAAACAAUUGCCUUAACUAACUGUACUACUAGUAUAUUAUCAAUUUUAAGUGAAUCUAAGUAUACUGAAGAACGAUUUAACAAUGUUAUUGGAAAUCCAUCUACUUUUCGCCGAGAGUUAAACUCAUUAUUUUUAGGAGUUUUUAAAAUCAGUGCAGAAAAUUUUAAACAAAUUUUUAUUUUCUUGAUUGAAACUAUAGUGCAAAUUAUUUCUAUUCAAAUUCGAGAAAUUGAUCACAUAGAUUUAAAUGAGCAGUUAACAGAGUUACCAUUUGCAGCAUAUCAAUUAGCAUUUGUUAUUUUGAACAAUUUGUUGUUUAGAAAAUAUUUUUCAUCAAAUGCUGUUGAAAUUUUUUCUUCAAGUAUCUACAAGAAUGAUUGUGUAUUAUUAUUAUCUGCAAUCUCAUAUGUUUACACUCUAUCUUUUCAAAUAAAUCAAGUUCAUAAUGUAGAUCUUGAACCUGUUGUACGUUUAUUUUUUAAAACAUUGAUGGAACAUGAAUCUAUAACUCCAUUAGGGGAUAACUGCACAAUGAAUAAUAUAGAAAAUACUAAAAUGAACUCUAUUUUAGAAAAUUCAAGUUUUAGCAAUGAAAAAAUGGAUUUUAAACAAAAAGGUCGUACUAUUUUAAUUGCCACCGCAAAACAACUUCGAAUAACUCUAUGUGAAUAAUUAAUUUUACUAGGUGAAACUUGGUUAAUUAUGUAUAAACAAAUUUACAUAUUUAUUUAUCAAUAAUAUUGUGUUUGCUCUUAGAAAAAAUGUUAGUACUACAAUACGUUUAAAAAUAUUUAUAUAUAAAUGUUUUUUUUGUCUAAUCAUUCGUAUUCAGUGUAAAAUAUAUUUUAUCACAGAUAAAUUUUUAAUAAAAAAAUUAAAAAACCCUUAAUUGAAUAUAUUA